GUGACACGGAUCUUGUAUUUCUUCGAUUAUACUUUAUUGAGAAAAGAAUAUUGAAGCUCUAUGCGAAAACAGAAUGGCAGUAAAACAAGAAUUUAUCAUUGAAUAUUCAGACUUACUGCGAGAAAUAGAGAACGAGAAAUCAGAGUUUCUGUUCUUAGAUGUUAGAGAUCCUAAACUAAUUGAGCAUUGCAAAUUACCAAGAUUUAUUAAUGUAACAGGGACGAUAGAUGCUUUCAUAAGCUGUGACAAAAAGAACUUCGAAAAACAAUACGGGAUAUCUAAACCGGAUUUAAAAAAAAAAAUUAUAUUAGUAUCCUGCAGUUUUAAAAGAGCUGAAACAGCAUUGAAAACGUUGAAUAAAAAUAAAUACGAACAAGUAUAUAUAUAUGCGGGAGGUACAGACGAGUGGAGGGCGAAACAGAACAACAACAGACAAAAGUUUAUAAUCACAUAUGAUCAGUUAUUGGAAGUUCAAAACAAUCCUGAUGUUCUGAUCAUCGAUGUUAGAGAGCCUGAAGAGUUUGAUAAAAUUGACAAAAUAACAUUGACAAUACCAAAUAGUAUUAAUAUAAGAUCGAGUGAUGUUGUUAAAGAAUUCGAACUUUCGGAGGAGAAUUUUCAGACAAAAUACAGUAAACCCAAACCGACUGAAGACACAAAGAUCAUAUUUAGUUGUCGCUCUGGCAACAGAUCUGAAUGUGUCCAAAAACAGAUGCAGGAAUUGGGAUACGAACAAGUAUUUAAUUUUGAGGGAGGUUGGAAGGAGUGGAAACGAAGAGAAGAAGAGAAGAAAAAAGAAAACGAUAGUGAAACACAAAAGCAGAAUUAGGAUAUUUUCGUUAUUGCACUGAUUUUUUUUAAACACACACGCGCGCGCGCGCGCGUGAAUCAGAGUCGCGUUGAACUAACUUUUUACUUUAUGAAAAAAUUAUCGACUUCAUACUUAAUUGAAUUAUAACGUGUGCAGUCAAUUGUACAUAUAUCGAGCAUUUUCAGAUAUUCU